CAGUUACUGUAACUACCCUAAUCCUGAGUUUCGCAGACUUAUGGAAAAUUUAUGUUCUUGAGCGUGUGUGAACACACAGCUCAGGCAAACGGGAAUCCAAACAGCAAUCCUUGAGGUGUCUUCAGGAUGAAUAUAAUAUUCAGUCACCGAGUGCUUCUCUCUUCCUCCUCCGGUCUCACCUCCCUCGGCUCGCAGCAUUCCCCACAGCUGGUGCUGGAAACCACGAACUGCUCGCGAGUGCGGGCGGGGGCGGCCGAGGGGCCGGAGCGGGAGGCGGUGGAGAUGAGGCGAGUCUGAGCAACCAGCGCAGCGCCGGCGCCGAGCUCAGCCUGGAACACAGGCUUCCCGGAUCUGUCAAGUCAGACCUCACGUGCACACCAGGAGAUCGAAGCAAGGCCACCUAACCAGCCGCGACCUCCGAGCGCCGCGCAGAUGUGCGGGGAGCGGAAGGAGGUCGAAACCAGAGGGAGGGAGGAGGAAAUAGAGCGUGAGUGACAAUCAGACCUGAAUGAGAAUGAAUGGGAGCAGAUGAUGUGGCCCCCUCGCCCUGGGCACCCUCCGCCACGUGCUCACGCCCCCAGCGACCGCUCCCGGGGAGGCCUCUGAAGCCUCCGCAGGAAAAGACGACGGAGGAAUACAGAGCCUCAAGUUGGAGAGAACUCAGACCCGGCUACCACUUCCCCUGCUUUCUGAACUUUUUUCCUCUUGGUCUCCUGGGCUGGAGUGAAUCUUACCACCACCCCCGCCCCUGGCCGCGGUUCGUUCCCCCCAGAGUCAUCUUGUCGUCCCCCCCCCCGCCCCCCGCUCCCUCUAGAUCUCCUACCUCUCCCUCCCCGCCCGCUCCAUCCCUCGGUAGCGAAGCAUUGAAUCCGUACACCUCCCGGGCAGGGAAUCUCCAGCAUAAACUUAGUAGGGGUCGGGGCGGGGGGUGGGGGCGGGGGGCGUGAGUCCGGGAAGGGCUUCGGCGCCCGGCAGGGUGCCCCGGGACUGUCCCCGCCUAGACAGCGUCUGAGCUUCCCCCCACCUCCGGCGCGACCCUUCAGCCCCGGCGCCCCGGCCCCGAGCGCCGCGAUCGCGCACUCGCCGCGCCCUAGCGGCCACAGGCGGAACGAGCACAGGGGGUGGAGAGUGGAGAGGUGCGCGGGCGGGAGGCACCCUCCUCGGGAGUCAGGGAAAUCCCGGCUGCCACCAGGGGCCGUGCCACCACCCUCGCUGGACCGAGGCUUCCGGCGCGCCCCCCAACUUUGUGGCGCCCUCACACAGCGGCGGCGGGGAUGGAGCUGCCUCCCCGAGGGCGGGCGCCGCCGGACUCGCCGCUGGACAGCUGCUCCCUGACCUCGCUGGACUCCAGCGUUUUCUGCAGCGAGGGUGAAGGGGAGCCCCUGGCGCUCGGGGACUGCUUCACGGUCAACGUGGGCGGCAGCCGCUUCGUGCUCUCGCAGCAGGCGCUGUCCUGCUUCCCGCACACGCGCCUUGGCAAGCUGGCGGUGGUGGUGGCCUCGUGCCGCCGCCCCGGGGCCCUGACCGCCGUGCCCAGCCCCCUGGAGUUCUGCGAUGAUGCCAACCCCGUGGACAACGAGUACUUCUUCGACCGCAGCUCGCAAGCAUUCCGCUACGUCUUGCACUACUACCGCACCGGCCGCCUGCACGUCAUGGAGCAGCUGUGCGCGCUCUCCUUCCUUCAGGAGAUCCAGUACUGGGGCAUCGACGAGCUCAGCAUCGACUCCUGCUGCAGGGACAGAUACUUCAGAAGAAAGGAGCUGAGUGAAACGUUAGAUUUUAAGAAGGACACAGAAGACCAGGAAAGUCAACAUGAGAGUGAACAGGACUUCUCCCAAGGACCUUGUCCCACUGUCCGGCAGAAGCUCUGGAACAUCCUGGAGAAACCUGGAUCUUCCACAGCUGCUCGAAUCUUUGGGGUCAUCUCCAUCAUCUUUGUGGUGGUGUCCAUCGUCAACAUGGCCCUGAUGUCAGCUGAAUUAAGCUGGCUGGACCUGCAGCUGCUGGAAAUCCUGGAGUACGUGUGUAUUAGCUGGUUCACCGGGGAGUUUGUCCUCCGCUUCCUGUGCGUGCGGGACAGGUGCCGCUUCCUGAGAAAGGUGCCGAACAUCAUAGACCUCCUAGCCAUCCUGCCCUUCUACAUCACGCUUCUGGUAGAGAGCCUGAGUGGGAGCCAGACGACACAGGAGCUGGAAAAUGUGGGACGCAUUGUGCAGGUGUUGAGGCUGCUCAGGGCUCUACGCAUGCUAAAGCUGGGCAGACAUUCCACAGGAUUACGCUCCCUCGGGAUGACAAUCACCCAGUGUUACGAAGAAGUCGGCCUACUGCUCCUAUUUCUGUCUGUGGGAAUUUCUAUAUUUUCAACUGUGGAAUAUUUUGCUGAGCAAAGCAUUCCUGACACAACCUUCACAAGUGUCCCUUGUGCAUGGUGGUGGGCUACAACAUCCAUGACCACCGUGGGCUACGGGGACAUUAGACCAGACACCACCACGGGCAAAAUCGUGGCCUUCAUGUGUAUAUUAUCAGGAAUCCUUGUCUUGGCCUUGCCUAUCGCCAUUAUUAACGACCGCUUCUCCGCUUGCUACUUCACCUUAAAGCUGAAGGAAGCAGCCGUCAGACAGCGGGAAGCUCUGAAGAAACUCACCAAGAAUAUAGCCACCGAUUCCUAUAUCAGCGUUAACUUGAGGGAUGUCUAUGCCCGGAGCAUCAUGGAGAUGCUUCGGUUAAAAGGCAGAGAAAGGGCAAGUACUAGGAGCAGUGGGGGCGAUGAUUUCUGGUUUUGAAUUCACUUUCCAUUUAUGUACAAAAGCUUGUGUACAACUAAACCCAACUGAUAAAGUCUUGAUAUGGAUGUCUGUGUACUGUUGAAGAGUCUCUUUUGAGUAUCACCCGUGUUAGUUUUUACUGAUACAUUGCUUGGUCUGCUAGAAUAGUUCAGGUCCCCCAAACCAAGUGCACACUGAGUCUCACCACUAGUCAUUUAACACAACCCAAUACAAGGAGGCCAAAUGUUUGAAUCGUCAACUAGAAAAUAAGAGUGCAAUACAAACCACAAAGUUUAAAGCUUACGUAUCACUGAUUUUAGAAGUUCUUUGCAUCACUAAUUUAAGAGAAUGGGAGUUAAGCUGCGUAGCCCAGAGCAAAAAUAAGUGAAUAUUUAGGAACAUCCUGAACGACUUGGCUAUUUAAAGACCUUCUCCAAGUAAAUAAAUCAGUCCUUUCUCCAUCAGUUAAAGCUGUUAAAUACAACAAUUUUUGCAAGCAAAAAUCCCCAUUUGACGGCCAUAGAUGGUGACCCUGUCUUCUCUCUGGUGCAAACCCCUGGUCACAGAGGGACUAAGUUCUGAUUCCCAUUGUUACCAUCUGAGGUGGGAACCCCCAAAUUGCUUAGCCAACAGCAGAAGAGGCUUUAUAGAGACUUCGAGAACUGUGCCUUCUCAUCUUCCCCACUGAUUGCAUUCCUGUAGCCUACGGCAGGCGUCUUCCGCAUCCCUGGGAAAUCAGAGGGUCUUCAAAAAUCUCUUUAUUGAUGUGGUGUUCAAAUUGUCUUUAAAAUCACAAAUAUAAAAAAUGUGAAGUUGUGAACAUCCUAAAUAUAGAUACUGAAACUAUUACAUAGUCUUAUUUUAUAAAAUAAGAAUGAUAUGUUGACUGAUACCACCAGUUGAACUGGAAGAUGUUUUAUUUUUUAACAAAAAAUAUCAUAGAUCUCUGAGUGCUGGGGCAUACAGCAAAUGUUCAGACUGCAUCCAUGAUAAUGAUAGAAUUCAUGGACAUUCUGUUGUAUGAUUAAAACCCAAAGCUCUACACCUAAGAAUUAGUUUAUGAUUCCCAAUAGUCUAGUGGAGGAGAUUUUAAAAACUAAUACCUGCAUUUUCAGUGUGUUUAGUAGUGCCUCCAAGGGGAUGAAAUUGGUUCUUGGGGGCAAAAAUAUGAGUCCCUUUAUUCCUAAAACAGAUAUAUACAUGCAGUACACGAAUAGAUUAUAUAGAGUAUAACUAUGGUGUUAAAAUCUCGUGGGGUGGAAAAUUAGAGGAAAAAAUGCUUUGGAGGCUCUUUGCCAGGGUUAGAUUGUGCUAAGAAAUACACAUUGAGAAACACUGCUUUAAUAUAUGGCUAUACCAUAGUUCACCAAGUCUAUUUAAAACAGCCUAUUGUAUUAUGAACCACAAAAAAACAGGGAAGGGAGGAAAGAGGGAAGGACAGAAGGAAGAAAGGGAGGGAGAAGGAAGGAAGAGGAAGGGAGGAAAGAGGAGAGAAGCCAUUCCAUUAUAAGAGGCCAUCGAUUAUAAAAUGCAUCCAGAUUUUGGAUAUGUAAAAAUUUUAAAUAUGCAUCUUAAAUCAAUAAAAUAUCAUAUAUACUACCUCCGGUUUUCUGGUAUGCAUGCUUAAGCUCUGAAAACAUUUUCAGUGAUGUCAUGAGUUUCAGAUUGUAUGCUAAAACAUUUUAAUCCACUUGGCUUAUUUCCACUUCUCCCAAAUAUUAUGAAAGAUUUAAGAGAUAUGAAUGGUAAUAAAAUAAAUAUUUUCCCUCUUACACAAUUCACAGGUGCUGGAGUAUAGCAUAGGGCCACUAAUUCUAGUAUAAAUUCCAUCCAUAGUCUAAAGAUGAAACAGAAGUUAGGUAUAGAAGCCAAACUUCCUGUGGCUUCUCUAGAACUCUCCCCAUUAAGAAUAGUUGCUCUGAUCCAGGUUUGUGUUCUAUACUCAUUGUGUAUGCUGUUAUUAAUCCCAAAAUAUCCCUAUUAAACAAUUAUUAUUAUGCUGGUAUAAGUAUUAGUUUAUUAUAUUUAUUCAUUCAACAAAUAUUUAUUUAGGACCCAUCUGUGGGCUGGGCACUGGAGAUUCUUAAACCAGACUAAGUCCUAUUCUCUUAUAUUUAAUAUUCUAUCUGAGGGUUUGAGGCGAACACAGAUGGUAAAAAAAAAAAAAAAAUGAGAUAUAAGAAGGUAAAAUAACCUGCCUAAAUUCACACACUCCACAUACUGGUGACAGAGUCCAGAAUGAACCCCAAUCUGCUGGACCCCAAAAAAGAUACUCCUGAAAGUCAUAUUAUAGAUUUCAUUAUUCCCACACAGCCUGGGGAUAGGGAUUCAUUUCAUAGCCAGGCAAGCCAAUUUCUUGUGGAUAGAGAAGUUGCCUUAAGAAAAAUUUCAGCUUAUUCUCAGAGGUGGAAUGGUGCUUAUAAGGAACAGCUAUUGGGUCCCUGGGUGGCUCAGUGGGUUAAGCCACUGCCUUCAGCUCAGGUCAUGAUCUCAGGGUCCUGGGAUCCAGUCCCGCAUUGGGCUCUCUGCUCGGCAGGGGUCCUGCUUCCUCCUCUCUCUCUGCCUGCCUCUCUGCCUACUUGUGAUUUCUCUCUGUCAAGUAAAUAAAUAAAAUCUUAAAAAAAAAAAAAAAAGGAACAGCUAUUGCCAUGCUUUACAGCCAUUAUUAGACAAGAAAAAUAUCUGUAGAAUAAUUAAUAGCUAGAAAAAUGCAAAAACUGUAUGUAUUCCAUAGAGAUACAUUUUUCUACCAUCAAAGAUUCUUAACACGUACUUCGUAAAUGUGAUAUGUUAGCAGUAUAUAUUUUGUCAAGAUGUGGACAUUUCAAAAGAAAAUUUUAAAUACCAUCGCUUAGUCAACUUCGCUGUUAAAGUAUCAGCGUACUUAUUCAGCAAUGUACAUAUAAGCCAGCCAAAUUUAAUUUAAAUAACAUGAAAUAACUGUUAAUUUUAUAUCCUGUCAUUUGAAAAACAUUUAAUAUUUUUUCACAAAUGUAGGAAUUAUUGCUACAAAACAAUGUAUUUAAUUUGGAAAUAUAAAUAAUGGAAUUAUUGGCUUUCUUUAAGCUUUUUAGAGAACACUAAUUAAAAACAUUUGUGUGCACAGAGGUAAUGCCUGAAUAUCUAAAAGAGCAAUUUUAAGAAGUCACUGUGGUGUCUCUAGCAGAAGUGUGGCAAGAUGAGCAUGUGUUACUAGGUUCUUUUCUUUUAUAUAUAAGGAAUUAUUGCAUCUAUCAUUUUAAUGCAAAUUAGUGUUAAAUAUAAUGUAUUAGAUGCAUAAAGAAGUAAACUGAGGUAGAAAUCUCAGUGCUGUGUUUCAAUGUGGAAUUCUUACUCUGAUUAAAAUCUUUGACUAAGCUUUUGCAGAAAAUAUACCUGCUGGCCCAAGUUAUCGGAGCAACAGAUUAUCAUUGGGUAAGAUUAAUGCUUUGACGAACAUUUCCGCUGAAACAUUUUGUUAACAUGAAAAACCUGCUCUUUUGAAAUAUUAACCAUUAAUAUCUGUGUCUUAUCAGUCCUUCAGUUCAGGUCCAAGAUACCGGUUACAAAUGACGUGUUUUAGGGCUUCCCUUGGUGAUUUUCCUUCACAAAGCACCACCACUCCCAAACCUCUUUGCUAAUACAUGAAAUAAAAUGCCCCAUAGGAGGCAUUUUACUCAUAAACCACACUGGCAAUUGUUUAUGCGGCAUGUCUUUAGGGUUACUGGGAAACGUCCUCACUUGCCUUCUGUUAGAAUCUCUCCC